CGUGCCCAUCCGAGCCUGUGGCUCCCUGCUGGUCUCUCCCGAGUCCCGCGGCCCCGGGUGUCGGCUUUCCGCCGCAGGCGGCCGGCGCUGUGCUCCCUCACCCCCCCUCGGCCCCUCCCUCGAUCUCUGCGGUCGGGUUGUCCCUGGCGGGUGGCCUGCGGGCGGGCCGCCCUCUCGGCCGUAGCCCACCCCCUCUUAAAGCCGCGGCGGGAAGAUGAGGUUCCGUGAGCCGCUCCUGGGCGGCAGCGCCGCGAUGCCGGGCGCGACCCUGCAGCGGGCCUGCCGCCUGCUCGUGGCCGUCUGCGCGCUGCACCUCGGCGUCACCCUGGUCUAUUACCUCUCGGGCCGCGACCUGAGCCGCCUGCCCCAGCUAGUCGGGGUUUCCUCUACACUUCAGGGCGGCACGAUCGGCGCCGCCGCCAACAAGCAGCCCCCAGGAGAGCUCCGGCCUCGGGGCGCGCGGCCGCCGCCUCCUGUAGGAGUCUCUUCGAAGCCUCGCCCGGGUCCCUACUCCAGCUCUGGUGCGGCUUUUGACCCCGGCCUGAAGAGCAACUUGACUUCGGUCCCACUGCCCCCUACCACUGCACUGUUGACGCUGCCCGCUUGCCCCGAGGAGUCCCCGCUGCUUGUUGGCCCCAUGGUGAUUGACUUUAAUAUUGCUGUGGAUCUGGAGCUUUUGGCAAAGAAGAACCCAGAGAUAGAGAUGGGAGGUCGUUACUCCCCCAAGGACUGUAUUUCUCCUCACAAGGUGGCCAUCAUUAUUCCAUUCCGAAACCGGCAGGAGCACCUCAAAUAUUGGCUAUAUUAUUUGCAUCCUGUCCUACAGCGCCAGCAACUGGACUAUGGCAUCUAUGUCAUCAACCAGGCUGGAGAAACCAUGUUCAAUCGAGCUAAGCUCCUCAACAUUGGCUUUCAAGAGGCCUUGAAGGACCAUGACUACAACUGCUUUGUGUUCAGUGAUGUGGACCUCAUUCCGAUGGAUGACCAUAAUGCCUACAGGUGUUUUUCACAGCCACGGCACAUUUCUGUUGCAAUGGACAAGUUUGGGUUUAGCCUGCCUUACGUGCAGUACUUUGGAGGCGUCUCUGCUCUCAGUAAAGAACAGUUUCUUGCCAUUAAUGGAUUUCCUAAUAAUUAUUGGGGCUGGGGAGGAGAAGAUGAUGACAUUUUUAACAGAAUAGUUCAUAGGGGAAUGUCUAUAUCACGCCCAAAUGCUGUAGUUGGAAGGUGUCGCAUGAUACGACACUCAAGAGACAAGAAAAAUGAGCCCAAUCCUCAGAGGUUUGACCGGAUUGCCCACACAAGAGAAACUAUGCGCUUUGAUGGUUUGAACUCACUUACCUACCAGGUGUUAGACAUAGAGAGAUACCCACUAUAUACCAAAAUCACAGUGGACAUCGGGACACCUAGAUAGCAUUUUGGAACAAAUAAGAGACCUGAAAAUGGCCAGGGGCCUCAGCUGUGUGUCUCUGCCAGUCGACCGGGCUGGUCCCUCUCAUUUGUACAAUCUGAAUGAGUUUUCCUUGCUGUCAUUCAGACACCUUUCCAAAUGCCCAUGGUGAAUGCAACAUUUGCCCCUGCCCUGGGUUGGCACUGGGUGAAAUUCUGCAAGGUGUUUGUCAGCGUAAAAAAAAUGGUCAGCCUUUUCAGGCUUCUGGGACAUGCCCAUCAUGCCACCUCCAAAGAAACGGAACAGUACACGAGUUAAAACUUAGUGACUGUGGAUCACAUGCCCACUGUUAAAACUGCUAAAUUGUGAAAUGGGAAAGAACUCCGCUUUAAUCUGUGAUGUUCAUACUUCACGACAAAUUGAAGACUGCUGCUGGGUUCAGAUUCAUGUGAUACUCUUGAAUUUUUUUAUACAAAAAUCAAAAUUUCAGUCAGUUUCAUGUUCUGUUCCUGUCCUAUGUUCUCUUAUUGGUAUGCAACUAUUACAAUCAGUGUGUGUGUGUGUGUGUGUGUGUGUGUGUGUGUUUUCUUAGCAAAAGAAUUUUAAAACUUGAGCCUGGAACUUCGUGCCCUGUUAGUAUGUGGAAUCUGAGGCCUUGCUUUCAGAGCAGGGCCUUGGGACCUCUCAUCCACAUGGCCUGUCUCCAGAUCCCUGUCUGAUUUCUGAAUGUAAAGUUUUGGAGAGUUUUGUUUGUUUGUUUUUUAAGAAGCAGUUUGUGGUAUUUUAAAGAAUAAAUCAAAAUCUUCUAAUUAUGCUAUAGCUUGAUUUUGUGUUGAUCCAAAUCAGAAUAGCUAUUGAGUGUUAAGUCAUGACAAUUUAUUUUUCUAGGCAUGCCAUGUAAACUUGAAUUUCCUAUGUAUUUUUAUUGUAUUUUAAAAUGUGGGGAAGGAACUGAGUAUUUUUUAGGGAUAAAAUAAUGUAUGCUGUAGUAGUCACAAAUGAGCCUCUGAUUUGACAGGCAGAGCAAAAUUACCCUCAGGUCCCCUGAUGAGAUCAAUGCCUAAAGGUCAACAUCAUCCUCCAGACCUCUGGGUCAGGCACUUGGGAGACAGCCUCUGCCUAUCUGGCAGAGCUCUCCCUCCACUCCCCCAGGUGAGCCUGGUGGAGGGACCCUCAGCCUCCCAGAACUGACCUCUCAGGGCCUAGGCUGUGGGGUUUAAAAAUCCUAGCAGUCAGGUUGUUCACCGCCCCUCAGAGCCUCAUACCACACUCCUGACCUACCCUAAGUAACCAGUUCUUAUUUCCCUCCUGCUCUUUCUUCUUCUCCCUUUCCACUCUGCUUCCUUCCCUACAGUGUCCUGUGGCACUCAGGGUCAGACUUCUUUCUCCAGCAUGAUUGUGCCUUUUAAUUAGAGGUCUAGAAAGUUCACCAGAAUGCACACCUCCAUCUUCCUAAGAAUCCUGGUGCCUAUAAAGUCCCUCAUCACCACUCAGGGUUUUAGUAGGUGCUCCCACUCCUCAGUCUAAUCCACGGGGUCAUUCACAAAUUUACAUGUGCUGAUAGGCAGUGCCUGGGAGAGAUAACGGGAGGCCUUGGGACCAUCAAGCUAGGAGAGCUUGAAAGAUGCAACCUGGGUUGAGAUCCUAAGAUUAGCAGUCUAAUCCCAGAGCUAAGCCCUUUUCUUCCUUGUGUCUAGAUGCUGAGAGGAGGGAUGGCUGAUCCUGCCUGUGCCUCUGUUGCUUUGAGCAGCACAGUGCCUAACUUGCUGCUCUUCCUAGAAGCUUUUUUUUUUUUUUUUAACGUGUGGAUUAGAAACUGUUAUUCCCAGCCAAAGCAGUCAGGCUGUGCAAGAUCUGUGCUCCCUAGAUUCCCCAUUCCUCUAGAAAGCCAUUAAAACAGACUGGCUGUGCUGAGAGGACUCUGGGGAAAUGGAGAGGACUUUUGUUUUCUGUCCCCAGAUCCUGACUUUUCUAAAGUGCCUUAAAAGAAGGGCGACAGAUGCUGAGUGGUGUCUUCUGAGUCACCUCCUUGGCUCCUAAAGCAAAACUGCCUUUUCUCGAUGCUGUUCCUCUUGGGUUUUGUUCAUGUCAAAUGUGGUUCAAGUACAGAACCAAGGGAAAUUGUCUUGCCUGUUCCUCCACCUUCCAGUAUUUUCCAGGGCACCUUGGGCCCAGUGCACAGCUAAGAUACUGCUGGGCUUGGACAUUUGCCCUGCCCAGGAGAUGCAGUUGUCGGCAUCCUCUUUGGGGGCUGGGGGAUUGAGGAGUCAGGGAGCAUUUCCUUCAGACCCUGGUGUCACAUGCUGUGCCGUUCUGUCUAUAUUUUUGCUGGUGACCUGUGUAGAGUGGCUUUGGGAAAGACCAGUGACAUAGAAAGUCAAAGGAAAUGCUGCACUGGCCUCCAGCCUGGCAGGGUCCGCACUGACCACUAGGCUGUUCUAGAUACCUGUGAUGCUGUGUAUGUACUUUGAUAUGCUGUGUAUGCAAAUGUGUGUAUUUACCAUUGGGCCUAAGGGCUGGUGUGGGGGAGCUGUGUCUGACCUUGAUGUUCAGAACAGACAUCUGUAUUUUUGCCUUUGAAAUGCAGUAAUAUAACAUAAAUAAAUGACCCUAUCUUUGUAA